AUGCCACCUAAAGGAACAAAAAGUCCUCGAACAAAAAGUCCAAAAAGUGGUAAACCAGGAGGAUCAACUUGGGAAUCAUUAUUAAGUUCAGUUUCAGCUAAUCAAGAUAAUUGGAUAACAUUUGUUUGUUUUCUUACACCUGAUUGUGCUGUUAAUCAAAUUUAUGUUGAUCUUAUUGAAAAAGCUAUGCAAAAUGGUGUUCGACGACGAUUUGAUUUUAUUUCUAAACGUGAUCUUCUUGAAGCUAUUAAAGCAUUGGGUAAAGCAUCCAAAACUGCCGCUAAAUCUGUUUCAACAAAUUCAACUGUUGCCAGUCUUACUAAUUCACCUUUUCUUGCUGCAUAUGAAUAUGCUAAAUCAAUAUUAGAUACAGGUGGAGAGAUUGACGAUCAAUUAUGGGCAAAAUUGAUCAAAUGUCGAAUACUUGAUUUGAAAAAAGAAGUACAAAAUCGAACAAUACUUAAAGCAGCAUCAACACCAGCCACUAGCAUGGCACCUAAAGCUGAAAAAUCAAAAUCACCAGGCGGAAAAAAAUCUCCUAAACCAGCUGCUGCAGCUAAAAAACAAACACCUGGUUUACAACCAUCUGCAACUGAUACACAUAUUGAAAAAUCAACAGGUGUUAAAACACGUGAUCAAAUUAUUAAUGAAACAAAAUACAUCGAUGAUGAACCAAAUGAUGGACCUAAUCAAUAUAUAUUUUUAAGUGGUUUUUAUUCAACUGGUCUUUUAAAUGCUCUUGAUAGUGUUGAAAUUCAUAUUGAUACAAUAACAAAUAUAUCAUGUGAUAGUUUAAAUGAAACAAAACAUUUAUUUGAUGAAAUGAUUCAACGAGAUCGACAAGAACAAUCACUUAAAGCUGAUGUACUCAAAGAUAUACUGACUCCUGAACAAAUUGCUCAACAAAAUGAACGAAACGAUCAAAUAUUAAAUAAUUUCUGGAAAACUCUAAUGCCACUAUUAGAUAAUGCACCAGAUCGAUCAAUGCUACAAGAUAUUAUUGUAACAACUUUAAAAGUUUCAAAUGAUGAUGUGCCUGAUUCAUGGAGUAAUACUGAACAAAGAAUUAAAUUAGCUCAAUCACUUUAUAAUAGUAUUGUUGAAAAUAGUUUUCGUUUAAAUAUUCGUAAACGACAAUUUAAUACAUUUAAUCAACAAAUGAAAGUUGUGACCAUACCUACUAUUGAAGAGAAAACAAUUGAAACAAUAACCGACGCAAAAAUUUAUAAUGAAAUAACGACAACUAUUCCACCGGAAUCAAUAAGUAUCCCACUUAUUUUACAUGGAAUUCUUGAACAAGUUGAAGCUCAAACUAAUAAUGUUAAUAAAAAUACAUCGAAUCAACAAGAUGAUGUUGGACGAUAUUUACGUGAAAAAUUAAUGAGUCUUUCUAUGGGAAAAGAACAACAAAAAGAAAUUGAAAAUCUUGUUCCAAAAUCUCCAUUUUCAAAAGCUACUGGAUCAGGUCCACUAAUGAUUUAUAAUGGUGAUGAUAUAAAACAACGUUUAGCAACAUUAAAUCGUUUAGCUAUACUUGAUCCAAUUAAAGUAGAACAUAAUUUCAUAAUGUCACAUUCACGUCUUACUAAUCUUCCUGAAUUAUCAUCAAAAAAAAUUGAUGAUUCAGAAUCUAGAGAACGUCAAGCACGUCUUAAUCAAUUUUUACAUUUUUGUACCGAUGAAGAACUUCUUCUAUCAGAUGUUGAUCAUAUUCUUAAACAAUUUGUUUUUGAAUGUAUGCCAAUAAAUCUAACAACAACAGACAAUUCUAAUGAACAACAAACCAGUCGUCCAUCAUCUGCUGAAAAUAAUAAUCAUGAAGAUGAACAAUUACGUUUUGAAAGACGUUUAUCGACUUUAGUUGACGAAGAAAAUAAACAAGCAAUUAAUGCACAACCUAUUAUAUGGGAUGAUCCAUUUGAAUUAUUAAUAAUUAAUGAACAAACAGGAAGAAUUGGAAUUUCAGCUGAGACACUUCCAUCAAGUCCAACAGGUCGAUCUUCCAGAGGAUCAAUUUUACGAAUGCGAGCUCAAUCACCAAAACGAUCAGUAUAUACUGUUCGUUUUGAUGUUAAUAAUCCAGACAAUAAUCUUUAUCAACAAAUGUCUCAUCUAAUGCCACCAGUUGGAGGUGCGAAUGUUGAUGGAACAAUUCAAAAUAUUACUCAAUAUCAUAAACGAAAUUUAAAUGAUUGGAAUUUUGCUGAACAUUUUGAACCUGAUGUAUUUGCACAAGUAAUCGAACAAGCGUUAUUUACACAUUCACAUAUUAAUGUGUACUAUAAUCGACGAGAUAAUACUCAUAUGAUCAUUCUUUCAUUACCAGUACCGGAAGGUAAAACAAUUGGUUAUGAAAAUACAAGUAAAAAAUUGUUUUCUGAUGUUGGAUUCAGAAAUUUUCUUGAUGAAAUAUCAUAUGAAAUUGUUGAUUGGCUUCGAGAUGAAGAAGCUAAAUAUCAAGCUGAUAUACUUGCACAAGAAGUACGAACAUAUGUACGUCAAACAACACCAACACCUGAUACAUUAAAAACAGCUGCUGCAACUAUUGAAGGUGCUGGCAAAAAAGGAAAAGCAGCAGCAGGAAAAAAAACAUCACCGACUCGAUCACCAAGUGUUAGUUCUGAUAGUGGAAACAGUUCAGAAGAAGAAAAAGCAAUUCGUGAUGAUUAUGUACACCCAACAUCAUUAAAAGCAUGGAAACAAAAAAAAGAUAAAGAAACAGUAGAACAAGAACAACAAGUUAAAGCAAAAAGACCACCAUCAGGUAAUCGAUCACCUAAAGCUAAAAGUCCACGAGCAGCUGAAAAAGCAGCUAAACCACCAACACCACGAGAGAAAUCUCCAAAAGGAACUAAAACAAAACGACCAACUAGUGCUACAUCAUCAGAAAAAGCAGCCGGAAUGAAAACACCACAAGAAUCAAACGAACCUAUUGAACGAUUUAUUGGAUAUAGUCUUGGUAAUCGUUUGUUAAGUGCACAAUGUAGUACUUCUCAUUUACUUCUUCCUGAUGGAUGUUUCGUUCGAUCACGUAUUGAUACUUUGAAACAAGGAUCUACAUGUGUUUCAACUAGUUUAUAUCGAAAUAAAAGCUCAUAUAAAAUACAAUUAAUUAAUCCAAAUAAAGCUUCGAAUACUGAUAAUCAACCAUCAACAAUUGAGCAAAAUAAUACGGAUGAAACAACCAAACCAACAGAUGAUAAUCAUCCAACGGCAACAACAGAAAAACGUGUUGCUGAAUAUGGUGUAUUUACAGCUAUACUCAAUUCAGGAAUGAUUCUAUCUUGUAGUAAUUAUGAUACUAAAGCUCCGAAAGAAGCACCUCCACCUGAACCACCAGCUCCUGAAAUACCAGUUGAAGAAAAAGUCGAAGAUAAAAAGAAAGAAGCAGCAGGUGCUAAAGGCAAGAAAAAAGGCAAAGCAGUUGAAGCUGAAACACCACCAGCUGAAAAACCACCAGCUGAACCACAAUACGAAGCUGAACCAUUUCAACGUUUAACUAUUUCAAUUCCAACUGGUUUAGUUGUUACAUAUUAUCCCGAAACUUUUCUUGGUGUUAAACCAACUGAAGCUAAGCAACCACAUAAACUUGUUGUUAAGCAAUAUUAUCCAUGUCAAUCAAAAGGUUUUCAUACAUGUGAACAAUCACGUUUAACUGCAUAUGAAGAAAAUUCACGUAUUAUUGAUGCUGAAGGACAUGUUAUGAUAUUUAAACGUGACGGAGAAGUGACUAUUCUUCAACCUGAUGGUGGAAUGUUUAUGAAAACAAUUGUACAUCAAAAUGAACCAGAAAUAGAAGUACCAGUUGAAAGUCCACAUAGUGCUAAAAAGGAAAGUAAAGGUGAUUUUAAAGGAAAAAAGAAAAGUGAUGCUAAACAAGAAACAGAUGUAUCAACGAUUACGGAAGAAGUUAAACAAAAUGUUUAUCAAUGGAAAUGUAUUACUGCUGAUGGACAAUUAUUUAUACAAAAUUCAACAAAUCAAGAAUAUGAAAAAGUUGAUCAAUUAAGAUUAAUUCUUGAAACAAAUCCUAAAACAAAUGAGCAAGUCAUUCAUCGAGAAGAUAAAGUAAUUAUUGUUUUUCGUUCUGAUGGAUCUCGAGUUAUUAGUUUUGCUGAUGGCACAAGAAUAACAACUUAUGAAGCUGUUGAACAGAAAAAUAAUAGUCCAACUAAUCAAGAAACAGAUGAACGUAAUAAUUCAAUGUUAGGCUUUCGAAAAAUUCCUCAUGUUAAAGUUGAAGCAUUGGGUUAUGCAACGGUUGCAUUCAAUUGUCAAACAACUGAUUGUCGUACUGUAUUUAAUGAUGGUAGUUCAAUAGAUGUAUUUGCAGAUGGUACUUAUUCAAUAUUUGAAAGUGAUGGAGAAAAAUUUGAUAUUAAUGAUAAUGGUGAUGUACUUUUGGAUUUUCAACAAUCAAUUUAUGCAAAACGUGUUCAAGAACUUUUAUCAAAUAUUGAGCCAAGUAAAUGUAUUUUAUCACAAAAUGGAGAUCUGAUAUUCGAUGCUGUUGAUCAUGAACAAACUCAAUAUUGUGUUGAGACAUCUGGAGAAACUUAUUCAAAAGAAACUGAUCAACGUCAAAUGACGAAAACCAUGCCAUUAGAAAUGCAUGUACCAAGAUUUUUUAUUGUUCAUGAAGAUGGUAGUGGUACUGAAUUAUUACGUUUUAAAGAUCUCUAUUCAUAUUUACGAACAAUGGAUCUUGAUCCAAGUACAGCCGUUGUUCGCGAACCAUUAUUAAGUAAUCCAAAAGUAACUGGAGCUACCGUAAUGAGACCAUUUCAAGAUGAAGUUCAUCGUCGUUGGUUAACAUCAUUUGAUGGUGAUUCUGUUGUUCCUCCAAGUCUUCGUAAUUAUACAUCAGCAACAGCUAUGACUCGUAGUUAUUCAUCAAUGUCAGAAAGUAAUAAUUCAUCAACAAAUAAUUUAAAUACUCAAGAUAAUGCUAUUCUUCGACAAACGGGUAAAAAUAAUCAACAACAGCAAUUUAAAUCAACAACAUUAACAACUGGUCUUUCAAAUCAACAACCAUUACUUGAAAUGCCUAAAGCACUUGAUUAUCGUAAUUUUAUGGAAUUUCCAAGACUUCAAGAUGAUACUCGAAUUAAAUUAUUUACUUCAUUAAAAUCUUAUAUUGAUUUUGUUAAAAAUCGAGCUGAUUAUCAUACAAAAUUAUUACCACAUGAUAAUCGAAAUGAUUUAACAUUAUUAUAUCUUAAAACUGUUCAUCCUGAUCGACAAAAAACAACAACAACACGUCAAUCAGUUGUACCAUUAUCAAAAAAAUUUAAUCUUGAUCAUUUAAAUGAUGAACUUAAACAAGAAAAAUUCAAUAAACAAUUAAAAAAUGAUAUAAAAAAAGGUAUAACUAUGCCUUAUUUUAAAAGUGAAUGGGGAAUGGCAUAUAUACAACAACAACAAACAGAAAAUGUUCUAACCAGAGAAUCGAGAAGUGCAGAAGCGAUUAAAUCAUCAUAUGGUAAUCAAAGUUUAAUGAAAUCGCCUCCAAAUUCUCCAACUGAUCAACAAAAUCGUUUAUCACAAGUUCGAAAGUCUCAACCAGCUCGUAGUGUUAGUACAGAAGCUGAAGACAAUAAAACAAUAGGUGGUUCUGGUCAACAUGACCAAGAAGGUGUUUAUCGUCCUGUAAAACAAUUCAUACCAUCAAGAGGUUAUGUUCAAUAUAAUGCAUAUGGUAAUAAACGAGCACAUCCAAUUAAAAUACCAACUGGAUUGAAAGGUUCUCGACCAAAUGCACAACCUCAUUCACGUUUUCUUGAUAUGGAAGAACCUGUAAUGGUUCGACCUAAUAAUGCAUCAAUUGGUACAGCUGCUCUUAAUAAUCGACCAUUAAGAGAAAGACGUGGUUGUGAACUUUUUCCUGAUAGAAUUGAUUUUGGUAUUUUAAAAGAAGGUGUAACCUAUGGAGCAGAAAUUGAAAUAAAAAAUGUUGGUAUUGAUGCAUGUCGUUUUCGUAUUCGUCAACCACCAUUAGGUACUGGUUUACGAGUAGUCUUUCAACCAGGACUUCUUGCUGCUGGUAUACGUCGAUCUAUCAUGAUUGAACUUUAUGCAAUUAUUAAACAAAAUCAAAAUCAAAAUCAAAAUCAAAGUCAACAACAACUACAACAACAACAACAAUCUCAAGGUCUUUAUCAAUUAGAUCAAUCAAUUGAACUUAUAACUGAAACUGAUAUAAUGCAUUUUCCAAUUCGUGCGAAAAUAGCUAGUGAAGAACAAUUUGAUAUUAUGUUUGUUAACAAAGAUGAAACAGCUGGAAUGAGUAAAUCGAUUCGUUUGCUAGCUCGAAAAGGUUCAAAUUCAAAUGAUUGGUUUGCUAAUACGAAUGAAAACUCAAUGAUUCCUACAAAUGAAUGA